GCAGAUACAGAAAUGGCCGCCAAAUACAUCUUCUGAGUUGUGACGGUGUUGGUCUUAUGGAGAGUUUGUUGACAAAGAAGCGCUCGUCCCCAAUGCUCCAACUCAGUUCAAAAAAUCAAAAUCAGUAUAGAAUGGCAUUUCACGUCGCCUGCCCAAUUACAUGCCGUCGAAUCUGCUAUUGCUCCUUAGGGUUUCCGCGGAAUCUUGCCUCAGACAAGACCCGUCAUCAUUUCAUCCAGGAUGCUAGUAGGGUUGCUGAUUUCUUUAAGGAUCCGUUGCCAAUUGUCUCCGAUCAUAAACGUACUGUUCAGGUUCUUGUUCCUAAGAUUGUUCUUCCUCCCCCUCCUCCUUCUUCUGUUGCUGCUAUUGGGGAUGGGGAUGGUUUUGUGGAUGGAGAUGAGAUGGUGUCUGCACAGAACAAGCGGGCGGCUUUGCAGAAAAAGGCUGCUGCUGCUUCAUUGGUUGCUGAAGAUUUUGCUCGGAGAUUUGAAUCUGGUUCAAUGGAUGAUUCAGGAGAUCUGCAGGUUGAAGAUGGUCAGUCCAACACUAAAGUGAUGUGUCGGCUGUGCUUCUCUGGUGAAAAUGAAGGAAGUGAAAGAGCUUGGAAGAUGCUAUCAUGUAAAAGUUGUAGCAAGAAGUAUCAUAGGAAUUGCGUUAAAGCUUGGGCUCAUGAUAGAGAUUUAUUUCAUUGGAGUUCAUGGACUUGCCCCUCUUGCCGAACUUGUGAGGUCUGUAGAAGGACCGGGGAUCCAAGUAAGUUCAUGUUUUGUCGACGGUGUGAUGGUGCAUAUCAUUGUUAUUGUCAGCAGCCCCCCCACAAGAAUGUUAAUCAUGGACCUUACUUGUGCCCCAAACACACAAGAUGCCAUAGCUGUGCAUCUGUUGUCCCAGGAAAUGGUUUAAGCACAAGGUGGUUCCUAGGUUAUACGUGCUGUGAUGCUUGUGGAAGAUUAUUUACUAAAGGCAAUUACUGCCCAGUCUGCUUGAAGGUUUACAGAGACUCUGAGUCAACACCUAUGGUGUGUUGUGAUUUAUGCCAACGUUGGGUGCAUUGCCAGUGUGAUGACAUUAGUGAUGAAAAGUAUCUGCAAUAUCAAGUGGAUGAUAAUCUUCAAUACAAAUGUGCCACAUGCCGUGGGGAGUGCCACCAGGUUAGGGAUGUUGAUGAUGCUAUUCGGGAACUUUGGAAGAGGAGAGACAAAGAUGACCAGGAAUUGAUUGCAAGUUUGAGGGAAGCUUCUGGUUUGCCUACUCGGGAUGAUCUAUUUUCAAUUACACCCUUUUCAGAUGAUGAAGAAAGUGGGCCCACCAUGAGCCGCCCCUUAAAGUUUUCUAUCAAGGGUUUGACUGAUAAUUCACCAAAGAAGACCAAGGAAUCUGGCAAAAAAUCUUCAAAAAAGAAGAAUGCUAAGAAAAAGGGACACCGUUCAUCUAUUAUAAGAAGAAUAGAGGAAAAUGAGUACUUUGAAGGAGAUAGUGUUGCCCCACCUUGUAUUCACGAAGGAAAUAAUGAUGAAUUGCAGUCCCCAAAAAGUGCCGAACCUUUUUCUUCUCCUACUGCUGGAAGUUUUAAUGGAGGGAUAUGCUCUACCAAUCAAAUGGGAGCUGGAAAACGCAAAAUCAUGGAUGUGAUUGGAGUAAGCAAUGGAAAUAAGAAAAUCAAGAUGGUUCAUAUCGAUAAUAGAAAAAGUGAUGACUUUGGAAAAGAUGCUAAUAAAUCCAACAUUAUAAACACAAAGGGGCCCAAGCUAGUUAUACAUUUAGGUGGUCGGAAUAAAGGGAUAGCAAGCUCUUUGAGACCUGAUGCAUCUAGCCAAAGGGAGAAAGAUUUUGCCACUCUUAAUGGGAAUGAACUUGUUGGGCAAGAAGAAAUGAUUACCCACAAUAAACUUGAUGAGGCUGCUAAACUUGGUGAAAGAAAUGGAGAUAAGGUUGAGGUUCCUGAUCUACCUAGUUCACAACCCCGAGGUAGUUUGAUAAAGAUAAAAAAGAUAAAUUCGGAAGUUCCCCAGACAAAAAUUAGGUUUUCUGGUGGUAAUAAAGCCGACAAAGAUGAAUAUAUUCCUCCUCCAGGCAAUCCACAGGUUUCACACAGAAAAAGCAAUAUUAGAAACGCAGAUUUGGAUCAGACUGCAACUGAAGCGCCUGUAAUGAGCGGCCCAAUAGUUUAUUCGAGAAAAAAUACAGAAGGAAGAUCUGGUGCUCUGGGUGGCAUUAAUAAUGAUAGUAUUCUUCGUACGAGUUCAGAAUUACAACCUCCUCCACAAAAAGAGCCGAAACCUCUUUUGAAGCUUAAAUUCAAGAAUCCAUAUUUGGAAAAUCAGAGUUCGUGGUCUUCUCAUGGUGAGGAUGAGAAGAGUUCUGUAAAGGGCCAAAGGUCUAAGAGGAAGAGACCUCUGAUUAUGGAGAAGCCAGUAGAAAUGGGAGAUGAACAGGACUCACAGACACAUGGAGACAGCUCAAUGAAUGAGAUUAUGGAUGCCAAUUGGAUAUUGCAGAAGUUGGGUAAAGAUGCGAUCGGAAAGAGAGUAGAAAUCCACCAACCGUCUGACAACUCCUGGCAUAAAGGGGUUGUGAGUGAUUUUGUGGAAGGAACAUCUCUAGUCUGUGUUGGCUUGGACAAUGGGCAGACGAAAAAGCUUGAACUUGGUAAGCAAGGUAUUCGAUUUAUUUCUCAGAAGGCAAAAAAGAGAUGAACUAACAAAGUGCUGCUGGAGUUAAUUCAUGGGCCCCCGCCCUAGAUAUACUGUUGUAUUUACAUUGCCAUUUGCCCUAUAGAUUGAAUGAAUGGUUUUACUUCUGAGGAGGAGGGGCGUAUUUUACUUUGAUUGAGUGACUAGAAGUUAUUGAUUUCUUAUUCUUUUUACUAGUUGAUCUGGUGUCUUGUUUUGGCAUUGGGCAUCUAUUGUUGUUUAACUAAAUUGUUAUAAACAAAUAGAACAAGUAGAAAUCAAAGGGAUUCGAAUUUGGAUCAUAUCU